CCAAGUCCCGGACCGGGUUAGCCGUGGAGAGUUAGUUACUAUGGCGAUGAGCCAAACCACUUUCAUGCUGCCUAAAACCCAGGGUAGCGCCAACUAAACUAAAACAAGUCUUUCCACCUAAACCGGCUUCCUGCUACAGGCUACAGAAGUACUUAGACAAACAACAUCCGUGUACAUGAAACUGACGUCCUCCUGCGAUGAAGGAAACGCGAUCGUGUCAUAAAAACUCUUCCACUCUUUCUUAAGAUAUUCUCAAAGAAACACGAAGAUUCUGGCAGGAGAUCCACAGCAUGCACACAGACAAUAAGAGUGGUGACGUCAGACGGGUGAAGGUGAUUCACUUCUCCAGCGGAGAGACUCUGACCGAGGAAGAGGAGGAUGAUCUUCAUCAAGAGCCCAGUGCUGCCGACCCGAGAAGCUGGACGUGGAGGGAUUAUUCUCGGUUUUGGGGAACGCAGAUUUUGAGAAAGUCUUUGAGAUUUUGUGAUUUUCUUGGAGAGAAAAUGGCCGGUUUACUGGGACUGAAUUCUGCUAAAUAUCAGUAUGCUGUUGACCAGUAUCACAGAGAACAUAGGAAUGAAACGGAAGAAGAGGUUUUGUCUUCAAGCACCAGCGUGAACGAGGAGAGAAUUGAUCUGUCAAAAAUAGAGCGCAAACAGUAUGGAGCCACAAAUGAGCAGGACCUGAUAGAAACACUACAAUAUAAAGGAGAGCAGAAUGAAGGAUACAAUUCUAACGAAUAAUGGAUCUAAACGAAUGUGAUUUGUAAACAUUUUUUUUGUUUGUUUGUUUAAUAUAUGACCAUUAAACUAAAUGUGCUCUCUCUUUAAAGAGACCAUCA